CUGGAAACAUGGUCUGCUAGUUUUUUUCUGCUAUAUAAAUUUUUACACAGGAAAUGCAUUUAACUUUAAAGAAAGAUGAGUAACCUAACAGAGCAUCUUAUUUUUGAGUUUACAGGGGACUAUGAUUUGCCAGACAACUUAACCAGUUUCAACAUCGACUUUACCUGUGAAACUAAACAUAACAUCACACUCCUGUACCAAACUAUGCUCCAGCCACUGGUCUACAGCAUGGUGUUUCUGUUGGGCAUCAUAGGAAAUGGCCUCCUGCUGCUGGUCCUGCUGCGGCGUCGUGCUCACCUACGAAUGACUGACAUCUACCUGCUGCAUCUGGCUCUGGCUGAUCUGCUCCUGCUAUUUACCUUACCCUUUGGAGUGACCCAGGUGCUGGCAGGCUGGGUCUUUGGAAACUUCCUGUGCAAGCUUGUAGGCCUGUUAAACUACCUGAAUUUGGUGUGUGGGAGUCUUCUCCUCGCAGGCAUCAGUUUUGAUCGCUACCUUGCCAUUGUUCAUGUUGUUUCCAGCCUCCAGAUUCGACAGCCCCGAACAGCUCACCUCAUCUGUGCUUUGCUCUGGCUAUUUUGUCUUGCGGUCUCUGUGCCAAACAUAGCAUUUCUUUCUGUUGAACCAAGAUGGAAUGACCGUACAUAUCUGCAGUGUUUCUUCAACAACCAUGGUAACCAUGCUCACAACUGGUUACUGGUUAAUCGCUUUCUGACACAUCUGUUAUGCUUUCUCCUGCCCUUAUUCGUCAUGGGCUACUGCUACACCGCUGUGGUGCUCACCCUGUACCAGAGUAAGCAAAGUCUAGAGAAGCAAGGGGCUAUUCGUCUCGCUUUGGUGAUAACCCUAGUUUUCUGUUUGUGCUGGCUACCCUUUAACAUAACCCUUUUUGUGGACACCCUUGUGAGGCUAGAGAUUAUAUCUCUGAAAACCUGUCAGAAUUACAAUGCACUUUCUCUGGGUCUGAUGGUGACUGAGAACAUUGGUUGUAUACAUUGUUGCCUUAAUCCGAUCCUAUAUGCCUUUAUAGGGCUUCGUUUCCGGAAUGAUCUUCUAAGAUUUUUGGCAAAAUAUUUCCGUGGCUGUUGGCCCAUUUUAUGCAGCAGAUGCUUCACCCAUGUAUCUGGUUCAGACAUGGCUACCACCACCUCUACUAGCCAAUACAUAUAAACAGAAACGGGGAGGAAAAAAGCUCACUGAAAACAUGCAAUCAUUCAAUGAUAAAAAUUAUUUCUAAAUUGAAGCAAAGCUUAUUUUAAUUUUGACUCUGGGCUAUCUGUCUGAUCAUCUAUGGCUUAUAUAUUUAGCUAUGCAGUAAUGCAGUUGCUGAAAAUUAUUUACAAAGCAUCCAUGACUGUGCUGGGUCUGAAUGAAAUUUUUCUUUUCUCAUUUGUACAUAUUCUUCAUUUUAAUGUGCCGCAUAGCUGGUGGGUGCUCUUUAGGGGAAUAUAUGAUGCAGGAUAACAAAAAAAUGUAAAUAAAAAUAAAACACUGUC